CGUCGAGCAGCGCAGGCGUGACACGCCACUAUACACCUGCUACGUGACCGCGUCUGCCUCUGACCAUACCCAUAAUUACUGUCCACCAUGGCCACCUACGACUCCCUCCACCGCCAAUGCCGCACGCUCGAGUCGCUCUUCGACACGAAGCUCACAACGUACUCGCGCCUCGCGAGCACGAUCUCGCGCAACCAGGACGACCUCGAGGCGGGCGGGUCCGCGGAGCGGUGGCGGGACUUGGAGGCGGAGGUCGACGAGCUGCUGGAGAAGUUGGAGGAGAUCAACGACCAGCUGUCGAGGCUCGCGGAGGACACGGAGAACCCGCCGUCGCAGUCGAUGCUCCGUGCCAUUCAGAGGCAUCGGGAGGUGUACCAGGACUAUUCGAGAGAGCUGCGGAGGACGAAGACGAACGUACAAACAGCUCUAGACCAAGCGAAUCUCCUCAGCGGCGUCCGGAAUGACAUCGACGCGUACAAGUCGUCAGCAGCAGACUCGCUUCUCGCCGAGCGCGGGCACAUCGACAGCUCGCACCGCAUGACGGACGACAUCCUCGCCCAAGCGUACGAGACACGCUCCGAGUUCGCCCGCCAGAGACUGACCAUAUCCGGGAUCAACACGCGCAUGCAGAGCGUACUCAGUACGAUUCCCGGAAUCAACGGCGUGAUUGGCAUGAUCAAGUCGCGCCGGAGACGAGACUCGAUCAUCGUCGGCUGCGUGAUUGGGGUUUGCGUCGUGCUGCUGCUCAUGUAUGUCUUCUAGCGGAGGUCUCUGGACUAUCUGUUGCUAUUGCUACCCGGCGUCGCGUUGUUUGACUACGGACGGCUCCUCCGCGCACAGAGCUUUACUAUGCGGAAGGCUCUAUUUAUUGGUCGCCAGAUGAGCAAAACUGCGAUUCUGCGUGACAUUGUUGGUUUGCUUGUACUGUACUUGACCCGCGACGGACGUGUAAUGUGUCAUUGGUGUCAUAGGCCUCUUACUCGCGACAAAGUUGAGUAA